AUGGUUCCUCGGUCGUCUCAGAACAACCGGAUCCCUUUCACCCUGGAGCAUAUUUUCCUUCAACUGAAGCAGCCCAUCAACGAAACCACCUUCACUCCAAAACACGUCUCUCCGUCUAUCGACCUGCACGAUAUCCCGUUUCUCUUCACCAUUCCAGACCGAUUGAUUCCUGGGGCAUGCACGCAGAUUAAGAACGACACGCAUGCCGGCCAUUCGCAUACAGCCCUCCUGCCAUCACUAGGCGACCCGGACAUCAGCUUCGGAACAGCAUUGCCCUGUGACAUGAUGCCAAAAUCUGGCCAAGUCACAUAUAGAAUUCAUGCUUCUGCUUUGGCCUUUACAUUGUCUACCGAACGGAAAGCAAUGUCAUCGACAGCAUCAAUCCCAUUAUACGUGAUCCCAGUGGCAUACGAGGGAUCUGCGACACUUGCCGGAGCAUCCAGUCAGAUCGUACACAACAGCUCUCACAUCAAGCGUGGGAAGCUUCAUGGGACCGCAGGGAAACUAUGGAUCUCGUCAGAGAAACCUAAGCCCAUGCGCUCACCAAUGCGAGGGUCCUCCACCGAUGAAUAUGGAAGUACCUCAGUCACCGUCGAUGUCAGAUUCCACCCUGCGACGCAAAGCGACCUGCCUCCAUGUCUUGACACACUAAAGCUAAAGCUUCUGUCCUGUACGUCUCUCGCAGUUCCUGCAAGUAGACUGCACAGCGGAUUAAGCAAUGUGUGCUUCGCGCAUGAUCAGCGAUGCUUCUAUAACGAUACCACAAACCUUCCAACGAUGGACAUCAAAUCCGCACAAUGGACCAAACAUGUCUCGGAAGAUGGAUAUGAUAGCGAUGACUCAGUACACGGUGCAACAACGCAUGGCAUCUUUUUCACCGCCCAGUUAAUCGUGCCUGUCGUUCUUCCCAAGACCAAGUUGUUUGUGUCUGAUUUCCAGUCUUGUGUGAUUUCUCGCUCAUACUCCCUUGAUCUCUCUUUAAGCUACCAUAAGGCUGGGAUAAGCCUUGCUACCUCGAGGUUAUCUCUCCAAGUGCCCGUGUCAAUCCAUGAGUGCGUAAAGAGAAAUGCACUCGCCAGUGUUGAGACUGAUCGCCACGAAUUCGAAAAGCCGAUCAUCAACACUGAUCUUUGA